AUGUCCACCCGAGUCCCCUUCACCCGCCUCCCCCUGCCGAGCAAGACCUUGCAAGCCCACCUGUCACCCAUCGACCUGACCGAAGCCGACGACCCUGACCCGACACCUUUUGUCGAUCAGAGACGUUCGAGGACGUUUUCGAAAGCUGGGCAUUGGGCGAGGGUGACCCCGCUGCCUUUGGCGUUUCCUUAUCGGUUACCCAGGGCGAAUAAGGAAGCUGGGGAAGAACAGAUCGGGGUGGAAGAGUGGCUGAAGAGGUACGAUACCUAUGAAGAUGUGGAAGGAGGGAUAGUUGGUGGAGAAGGCAGCUUGAGAGCGAGGACGAGCGAAUUGAGAUCGGCGUGGAGGCCCGAGUUGUUGGGCGUCUCUAGCAAGUGUUUGGACGAAUCCCUACCUCAUCUUGACGUAGGGAACGCUCUGGCGUAUACCGGACAAUCCGAAUCUCGAUCGUCACCACCAUCUGAAGCACAAGAGCAAAGACAAGGCGAAGAGCUGGCACUAGACAACAAGGGACAAGAACUUCUAGACGUCGUCUCGGGCAGGAAAGUGCUCAGAUCCGAAGGGUACGGGCCUUGGAGUUCGAGGUACGCUGGACAUCAAUUCGGACAGUGGGCAGGACAAUUGGGGGAUGGGAGGGCCAUCUCGAUCUUGGAGACGACUUCCCCCGAAGGUGGGAGACAAGAGAUCCAAUUGAAAGGGUCAGGAAGAACACCGUUCUCUAGGUCUGCGGAUGGGCUGGCGGUCCUUCGAAGUGGGGUCAGGGAAUACCUGUGUGCAGAAGCCAUGGCCGCCUUACAAAUCCCUACCUCCCGUUCACUCGCCCUCCUCACGCAUCCGGAAGACCAGCUCCAAGUCCUCCGUGAAAACGGCCCUGAACCCUCCAGCCUGCUCGCCCGUGUAGCUCCUUCCUUCGUGCGAAUCGGCAACUUUGAGAUCCUCAACCCUCCCGAAGAGGCCAUGAACAUGCAAUUUUUCAUGCUCGGUAUGCCCGGUGGUGGCGGUUCUAGAGGAUUAGAGCGGGAUCUGGAAGGGUUGAGGAUACUCGGAGAAUGGGUCAAGGGGGAAGGAGGUCUCGAUCUGAAGUUGCCGGAAGGAGAACCAUGGGGGAAGAAGUUGGUCAUGGAGUCGGCACUGAGGAACGCUAGGAUGGUCGCCGCUUGGCAGGUCUAUGGAUUUUGCCAUGGGGUGAUCAACACCGACAACGUCAGCGUUCUCGGCUUGACAAUCGAUUACGGUCCAUACGCCUUCAUGGACGUGUAUGAUCCAUACCACAUCUGCAAUCACAGCGACCAUGAAGGUCGAUACGACUACAGAAAACAACCCAGUAUGAUCCUCUUCGCGAUCAACCAACUCGUCUCGUCCUUGGCCGAAGUCAUUGGCGCGGAAGAGGAGACCGGCAAGGCGAUCGUAGAAGGAUGGGCGCAGGAUGCUGAUGAAGAGACGCUAGACCAGUGGCGGGCCACUGGAAUGGCCUAUGGAGAAGAGGUCGAAAAGGCUGCGAUGCAAGCGUUCAGAACCGAAUACAAGCGGUUGUAUGCCAAACGUUUCGGUCUUGCGGAUAAGUCGGACCGAGACAACUCGUCGACCGUCAUCGACCCGUUCUUGCAGAUCUUGGCCAACAUCGAGCUCGAUUUCCACUCGGCGCUGAGGGCGCUCUGUGCGUUUCAGCCUAGCAUGCUCAAGGAGGAACGAUCGGCGGAUCUCGAAGCCGUGCUCGAUCGAAUGGUCGAGACUGCCAAGCCCAACAAGCGCUCAGAGGGUAAAGACGCGCUCAAACCGUGGUUCAAGCAGUAUGCAGCGGCGAUCGAACAGGACCGAGCUCUGUGGGAAAGUGCCGGCGACAAGUGGGAAGAAAGUCGGUCUGCCGAGAUGCGAGGCGUAAACCCCCGGUUCGUGCUCCGUCAGUGGCUUCUGGAAGAGACCAUCAAGAAGCUAGAGCAUGGUAGCGGUCUCGCCCGACGAAAGUUGCUCGGGGACAUUAUGCAUAUGGCAACACAUCCCUUCGAACCGUACGGCGGAGAACUUUUGGGCGCAGAGGCGGAGCUUUCCGAUACUCAAAAAGAGGAGCAGAGACUGUGUUCGAUCGGUAGCAGACAGAUGCUCGGCUUCCAAUGUAGUUGUAGUAGCUAG